AUGGAUCCCUACUCAGCAGAAGGUGAAUUGAUCAACAUUCACAACCACUUCCACCAGGGACAGUACCAGGAAGUCGUCGAUUUCGACACAUCGUCCUUCUCAGCCGACAAUGCUCUCCCCGCGCGCGUCCUAGUCCUCCGAGCCCGCAUCGCACUCGGCCAGGCUGAGGAUGUCAUUGCAGACGUCAAGGGUGAAUCAGAGCCAGACUUGGAAGUUCUCGGCGCGUUGGCUGAAUACACCCUUGGAAAGACCGAUGCUGCGCUGAAGACCGUCGAGAAGCUGGCUUCUUCCGCCGCCGACAACACCACCGUUCAGGUUAUCGGUGGAACGGUUCUGCAAGCUGCUGGCAAGUCGGAGGAAGCUAUUGCACUCUUGUCACAGCACCAAGCAAGCUUGGAAGCCGUUGCCCUGAUUGUUCAGAUCCACCUUGAACAAAACCGAACCGACCUCGCGGUCAAGGAAGUUGCUGCUGCAAGAAGAUGGGCACAAGAUAGUUUGUUGGUGAACCUUGCUGAGUCUUGGGUCGGUCUCAGAGUGGGCGGUGAGAAGUACCAGCAGGCAUUUUACGUUUACGAAGAGCUCGCGCAAGCCCCCUCAACAGCUUCGAUACGAUCUCUCGUCUCACAAGCAGUGUGCGAACUGCACCUCGGCCGUCUGGAGGAAGCCCAGGUAGCGCUGGAGGAGGCGUUGAAGAAGGACCCCCAGUAUGUGGAGGCCAUUGCCAACAUGCUGGUUCUGACUUUGAUUUCUGGUGGAGACGCAUCUGAAUACACUGCCUCCCUGAAGAAGGCGGACCCCAAGCAUGCAUUGCUGGCUGAUUUGGAGGAGAAGAGCGCCUUGUUUGACCAGGCUGCGGCCAAGUAUAGCGCAAAGGUGUCUUCGUAA